AUGGCCAUUCAAAUUCCUAUCGAGGCGAUCACUUCGCGCUUUGGUGACCGUUUCAACAACAUCCGCAGCCAGUCCCUGACCACCCGCUUUGCGAACUUGCGCCCCAUCUCCGAAUUCUUCGAUGUCAAGCGCAUCUCUAAGCCGGCCAACUUUGGGGAAAUUCAGAGCCGUGUCAAUUACAAUCUCUCCUACUUCUCCAGCAACUAUGCCGUCGUCUUCGUCAUGCUCAGCAUCUACAGCUUGCUGACCAACCCCGUACUGCUGUUCGUCAUCAUCCUCGUUACCUGCAGUCUCUACGGUAUUGGCAAGCUCGGCGGUCGUGAUCUGGAUCUUGGCUUCCGUCGCUUCAACACUUCCCAGCUCUACACCGCGCUUCUGUGUGUGGCGGUGCCCCUGGGUCUCUGGGCCUCACCCUUCACCACGGUCCUAUGGCUCAUUGGCGCAACUGGUGUGACUGUCUUUGGUCACGCUGCAUUCUUAGAUAAACCGAUCGAGAGUGCUUUUUCCGAGGAGGCGGUCUAG